UCCUCCCUUCGAUAAGUAUGGCUGCCUGUGUACAAAAAGACGACUUAUUAUCAGACGAAGAAUGGCUAGUUUCUAGAGCAAGAUUGUGUAUAAAAUCUGAUCCUUGUGGUGCCAAAUCAUGGAUGAUAACUGCAAGAUCUUUAUUUCCGCAACACUUUACAAUUCAAUUUGAAGCAUAUUCUUUGGAAAAAAUUGGUAGAAAUGUUAAGGAAGCAGCAAAACUUCUGGAAGAAAUGUUUUUGACUUUUCCAAAUGAGACAAGACUGUGGACAGAAAUUCAGAGUAUAUUAGAAGCUUUACAGUCAGAAUCUUCUAAUAGUUUCCUCACAGAGAUUUUUGCAGCACUGACGACACCAACACAAUGCCAGAUGUUGAUCAGUCUCUCUAAUAAGAUGACAGAUAUAUUAGAACAGUGUAGACUUCUAUUGCUGGCCAUGAGAAAGUUCACUUCCCUGGUCAAUGAACAUGGGUUAAAGUUAGUUGGAACAUUACAGAAAGCAGAAUGGGAUGCUAAUAUGAAAUCUCCAGUUAAUUGUUACAGAAAAUUGUUGGUAUGUGAUGUUUUACCAUUAGUUUUACAAAAGAAGAAGAAAUUUGAACUACCAACAUCUCAGUUUCAUAAUUGGUUACAGCUGGCUGUGGAGUUUUAUGUCAUGUACAUUACACAACCACCCAUUGUACCUGCAAACUCUCCAUUAACACCAGAUAUCCUGUCACCAGCUAAGCUCAGCAGAAGAGCAUCAAUAUCUGGCUUGUUAGACAAAGAAUGUCAAAUUCCUGACCCAUGGGAGAACUUACAGAAACUUGUUAUACAGAUUGGACACCAUCUAGGAUGGGAUAUUGAUAAACUAUUUUUUAAUCAAACAAGAGACAUUCAGUGCCAGCAGAUCCUAAGUUUACAUCACAGAUCUCAACAGGUGAAGACUAGUAACAACACUAAACAAGUACUGUUCACAACAGUGGUGGUAUUCCUUGAAAGUCUGUAUUCUUAUGUGUCUAGUGUGGAUCCAGAUUCUUUUAUAGGUAGUUUAUCAUCUUCAGAGCCAUUGGUAUUAGUAGAAGGUUUCAAAUUUGAGUCAACAGAAAGACCUUCACUAUCAAAGAAGUUGAAAUCAGUGAUAGCACCACCAAUCCUCUCACCACCUUGUGUGCCAAAGUCUAAAACAGUUACACAGUGCUUUACUACAGCUUUUAAAUGUUAUGAACUGUUAUACUCAACAGCUGAGUUACAGAGAGAAUUCCAAGUCUUGUGUAAAGCAUGGAAAUUAGAAACAUGGACAUGGAUGUCCCAUUUCCAAACAGACAUGUUGUUAUUUCAGGGUGCUUACAAUGAGGCUGUUGAACAUUUACAUAGUUUUUCCUCCACAAUGAAAGACAAAAUGAAGAUACGUAGUAAUUUACAGAUGGCUUGCUGUUAUCACUGCUUAGGAAAUUAUCCUAAAGUCUGUGAACUGGUGCUAGAUACAAUAUCAGGAUUGCAAGACAGUAAUCCAAGCAACAUAACAGAUCAGUCCCAGAUUAAUGUUCCUGAAGGGUGUUCACGCCACCUUGUGUUAACGUUGUGUAAAGAAUCACAGAUUUUUCCAUAUUGUAUUAAGUUAUUAGUUGCUUCUUUGAAGGAGAAGAUAUUUUCAGGAAAAUGUGAUGAUAUGGCACUGGGUCACAUGAUUAUAUUGCUGCAGUAUGAUUGGCCAAAACAUACAGAUUUGUUUCAUCAAGUGAUGCAAAAGAUCAAAGCACAAGGCAGUUUAACAUACAACUUUUUCUUUAAUUAUGUGAUUAAUAUUGAUAUUUUAGAAGAAUUAGCAUUAUUGAAGUCCAUAGAAGGAGGAAAAGUCAGUUUAGAUAUAUUGCCAACCAGUACAAAGAUUAUUGCCCAGCAAAGAACAGUAACAAGAGGCGUUAACAAAGGUGUGAAAGAAGAUUUUAAAAUGACAAUUGAAAAACAAGUGAAAAGGUGUGAGGAGAAUGUUUACCAACUUGUACACAAUUUCUUAACUGAAGAAAAGCCAUUGUUAAUAGAAAGUUUGACUAAAUGAAUGAAACAUUAGUUACUAAUUCAGUUAUCUCCUCUUAGAAUACAUUGAUCUUGUUACAAAGUC